UGUACUACUGGCCUCCCGCCCUUCGCAUGGUCUCUCACACUGGAAGAAUCCGAGCACGUCGCGCAUUUCCGCCAUGUCGGCUGCGGCAGCGCUCCAUUCGAACCACGUGAACUAUCUGGUAUGGAGAUAUUUACAGGAGCAAGGCUUUGAGCAUGCCGCCAUUGCCUUCACGCGCGACUGGCGCCGCACGGGGGACAUUGCUUCGGACCCGGAUGCGCUAUCGUUUGCGCCAGAGGUGCGGCGCAACGACCUGGUCUCGGUGGUGCAGUAUGGAGUGCAUUAUGACCAGGCGCGGGCCAAGGCUGGCUUGAACAAUGGAGAGCGCAAAUUUGCAUGGAGCAAGAUUGAGGGUCGCGGCAGCCUGGAGAGACAGCGCGACCCGGCAGAGAACGGCGCCAGCACGAGACCAGCCACGGGCAGGCGGAAGGAGAAACCACCAGCUGUGCGGACAGUAGAUGGUGCUCGUGGCCAACCACCCCGAGCUUCGCGAAAGAGUGAGGCAGGCGAUGCACAUCUCAAUGGCGACGCCCGUGAUGCAAUGGAUGUUGAGCCUGGCUCUGUGGAUGGCGAACCUGAGCAAGAAGCCACAUCACCGACUGUGGCAUCCGAGUCGGACCAGGCUGGCCCGGUCGAACGAUACGAUAGCAUGGAUGUUCUUAUCCAGACUGACAUCAAGGCCGGGCUGAAUUCAAGUACGAUAUCUUGGCUUUUGGACAAGCCUGGCGCCACGAUACACCGCGCCAUAUGGAAUCCAAAACCGGACGUAGACGACAGUAAAACGCUUCUGGUUGUAGGUAACGACCUCUGCCGAUUCUACCAGAUACCGAGUUCAGCGAACAAUGCUCAGCAUCUGGAGAACAUCGACGAGCCAAAUCUAUCGACGAGUUGCUGUGUCACCGCUGCAACCUGGCGGCACGAUGGUACAGCAGCAUGCUGCGCGAUCGAUAAGUUACGACAACUACCUAGCGGAACCCAGUUGUCCCAGCAAGAGCUAAUCGAACGUCAUAGCAAUGGCACGAGCACUUCUCUUCAGCUCGGACCAGCAAUGCUAGAGCCACCAGGUAUAGUACUUGGCAUUCAUUACAGCCCCGACUCGAAAUAUGUACUGGCCCUGCGCACGAACAUGAAGCGCUCCACGAUCCAGGUCUGGCCGUCAUUCCGGCCUGACGUUGACACAUUACCGCUAAGUGAACCCAUUGCGUGGAGAUUGUUCGAUAUCCAAGUCUGCGAUGUGACCUGGAUCUCGAAUGACACCUUUGCGGUCUGUGGCGAGAACGGACUUGCAGCAUUGUAUCAGAUUGACGAAAGCCAGAGUCGUGGUCUCGGCGUUUUACCCGUAGGCAAUGUGCUCAUGCGCGGCCUCAUGUCACGGAAUUCGAACAUUGUCGAAGGUACUUCUCACUGGGAUUACGUUCGCUACGAUCCACGCUACUGUAUAGCUGCAUUCGUGUCCAGAGCAGACAAAAGGCUGCUUUUCACGUCCAAACUGCGAAGCGGCGAAAUCAGCUCUAGCACUGAUGUGGAGUUCGCCCUGCCAGAGGACAAGCUGCUUGAACCUGUGGCAUUCUCUACCGAACAACUAGUGAACCAAGGCGAGCAAAUCGGGAAUACGGAUGUCGAGAGCCUAUUCGCUGCAGGCUUCAGCGAUGGCACUAUCGGCCUCUUCAGCGCUCGACAUUCUCUGGAGACUGGUUUAGAGUGUAAGACUCUUGGAGACCUCACUCUGCUGGAGUCGCCCACAACAGCACUCGCCUGGUCGCCGGAUAACGAACAUCUCGCAGCAUCGAGCUCGAAUCUCGUUCAGAUUUGGUCACGCGACAGUUUCAAUAAGAGGAACGGGAUCGUACAAAGCCCUCGCACGAUCUUCACGUGGCGGCCUCAGGACCUCGCUGGGCAUGAAAACGGAAUUGAAAACGAAGAAGGCAAUAGACUUGUGACAUGUCAGCCAAGUCUCACGUGGAGUGCGGAUGGCCGUAGCUUGGCAUUCGCCACUGAGGAACAGAUCUCCAUCAUCGCUCUCGACGCGCCUGUCCAGGACGAAAAGCUCAAUACCACCAUGAACGGCCAUCACGCUCCUUGAGAGAUACCACAGCACCAGCGGCCACAGUUGAGAUCUGUCCUCAUGCAGCGCUCUUCCUGCACGGAACUUGUUGCAAAAUUCGAGUUUCGUAGCCGUCUCGUGCUCCGCCAAGCACAUGUCUAGUCUAGCAUCGCAGGCUUCCAUGCCUCCAGCGUCCGUCCAUCGAUCGAGUCAGGAUACCUCAACUAUGCCCAUGGAUACUCCUCGACCACGACCUGUCUUUGAAACACUCCACGCUGCAUUUCCGCCCAGCAUGGCAUACUAUAUAAGAGAGUUAGCACAAGACUGCUAUUGCAUCUUGUCUUCCUCGAUCGGUAUGCACUCACCAAAGCCAAGUAAAAAGCUCAUCUAGAUCUUCUGCAAGCGCAGGAUUCUGGUAAUCCCUGCAUAUGAAUUUCUGAAGUUUGAUUGUAGGACCGCUGUUACCACUUGUUGAUUGCCGCAGUAUCGAGGGUGACCGGAAUGGGUUGGAUAUCACUCGAUACGAGGAGAAGAAUUCUUGCCAGCAAUCUGGAUAAUACACCUGAGUCAGUCGAUCGAUGUUCGAAAUUAUCUGGCUGGUGGGAAAACUAGAAUGGCUGAUAGGAAGAGACGACACCAUACCCUCGAGCUGUGCCUUUCCCACCCUGUUCUUAUCGUUCAGGAUACCAGAAUCGCAGUCCGGAGCUAGUUUUACAUCGAGUUCUUCUACAUGAGGCAGUAAACCGCGGAAGAGAUCCGUGUGUGUUGCGAAAGGCAGGAUUGCUGUGUAGACAAAUUUCUUCACGGAAGACGACCGCCGGGGUUGAUGUGAAUGGUCUGAUGAGGAGGAGGAUGAUGACGGUGGUGGUGGCAAUGAUAGGAGGCAACUUUUGAUGCUAGCGAUGAGAGAUGGUGGCCCUCGUUCGACUAGAUGGAUAAUGGAAGUUGUCAG